AUGUCGUACAUGCUAAGGGAGAAAAAGGAGCGUAAAAAAUCGUCUCGUUAUCCUGUAGUCGACAAAUCGCUUUAUCUGCCUUAUGUGAGUGAUGACAUGACCCCUGAAGAGAUUAUGAAGAAGUUUGAGGCACUGGAAGAGUUUCAACGCAAAAAAGCAGAAAAGAGAAAUCAUAAUGAAAAGAGCCCAGAUUCAAGUGUUCAAGGCAGCAAACCUGAAGAAUCUGCUAACGAAGUUUCCUUAGACGAUAGCGAUCUGAUGGAACUAUGUGAUCAAAUCGGCACCGUUUUCGACGAGAAGAUCACCGACGAAGACGACGCCUACGAAGACCACGACUUCUCGGAAGAAGACGAGGACUUCGAGUUCGAUUCCGAUAUUUCCGAAGACGAAACAAAACGGCAGAAAGGCCGCUCCGGGAACGUCCAUCUCUACUUCACGCGCGCCGGCCGCCUGAUUGAAACCGUUUCCAGCAAGGCUCUUUCCCGGAAGUGCUACCAGCUGCUCGGUCCCCCCGAAUCCCCGCGGUUAAUCCCCGUCGGCGACACGUCGAGUCCGUUUCCCUGCGAAUACAUCAAAAUCCCCGCUUCGAUUCCGCUGACGUGGACGCACACAAUUCAGGACUUUGUUCCGCCGACCCCGCAGCAGUGCAUUUUAACCGCGGAUCCGCUGUCCUUCGACUACUCGACGCUCCAGCAGACGUUCAACAUGGUGUACGUCAACACGCCCAGCGACCUCUCCUACCUCGAGCUGGAGCGCCUGCAGCUCUCGCGCCGCGUGGUUCCCGCGGGAUUCGUCUUCGUCUGGGCGGACAAGGAGAGCAUUCCCGCGGUUCUGUCGAUCUUCGAGCGGAAAGGGUUCUUCUACGUGGAGAAUCUGGUGUGGGUGCGUUGCCACGACGAGGACACGGUCCCAUUGGGCGAUGAGUCGUCGCUGCUGCGGCGGCGGAAGCGGACGCUGCUGAUUCUGCGGCGCGGAAGACGGCUGGCGAACGGGUCGGUGAGCUUCGCGGGACUGGACCUGCGGCAUCAGAGGAACCCCGACGUGGUGAUCGCGCCGUAUAGCGUGCGGGGACGUAGGGGAGAGAGGAGGCGUGAAGAGAAGGGUCGCUGA